AUGUUGGAGGCAAUCAGAUUAGUUAUCGAGCGGUGGUUCAACGACAGGCUUGCGGCUACACAAGAGAGCGACGAACAUUUGACUCCGGAGGUAAAACAGAAGCUCAGUGCAGAACUUAUAAAAAGUCGUCGUUACACAGCCAAGGGGACCACCGAGAGAAAAUACAGGAUUCGUGCUAGUGGUCGCUAUUAUAUGGUUGACCUUCAAAAGAAGAGAUGUGAAUGCAACGAAUUCGACCUGGACCAGAUGCCGUGUUCUCAUGCGAUUGCAGCCAUUACUGAGGCGAACGAAUCAGUGGAGGAUUACGUGCACUCUUACUACUGGAGGAGUUCACUAGUUGACACAUACUCUGGUGACGUUAAUCACUUGCCUCCCAUAGAGAAUUGGAAUAUUCCUUUCGAAAUUGCAUCUGAGCUUGUUUUACCAAAUCUCUCUCAGCGACAAGCUGGUCGUCCAAGGAAAACUCGAGUUCGUUCCGCAUGUGAAAGGCCAACUCAAAGCACAUCUACAGCGGGGGCAUCAAGUAGUCGCAAGAAAUGA